GAUGCCAAGCAAUUAUAAGCUGAUUGACCUUGUGUUUGCAGUCCUUCCCAGCUUUGGAUUCUAAGCCUCCUAUUGCAUUAGCAGUAAGGAAGAGUGUCAAUGGAUCCAUCUGUGGCCAUUGCUCUUGGCUUACUGCUCUGUAUGUCAUGUCUGUUUCUCAUUUUAUCAUGGAGAAAGGGCUUUGGAAGAGGAAAACUUCCACCUGGUCCUAUUCCUCUUCCCAUUGUUGGCAAUAUGCUCCAGGUGGACCUUAAGAAUAUCCCUCAAUCUCUUUGCAAGCUAGGAAAACAAUAUGGCCCAGUGUUCACUCUGCAAUUGGGUGUUGAGCAUGUAGUCGUGUUAUAUGGGUACAAGGCAGUGAAAGAAGCUCUGAUUGAUCAUGGUGACAAGUUUGCUGAUAGAGCACCUGUGCCACUUUCUAAGUUGGUUACCGAUGGAGUAGGCAUUAUCGCAAGCAAUGGAGAGACAUGGAAGCAAAUCCGCCGCUUCUCCCUCAUGACCCUGAGGAAUUUGGGAUGGGGAAGAGGAGCAUCGAAGAGCGAGUCCAAGAAGUGGCAAAGAAUCUUAUGGAGGAGUUAAAAAAAACAAAAGGAUUACCAUGUGACCCCACAUUCAUCCUUGAGUUUGCUCCUUGCAAUGUAAUCUGCUCUAUCAUUUUCCAGAAAUGUUUUGAAUAUAAAGACCAGAAAUUUCUAUAUUUAAUGAAGCUUUUGAAUGAAAACAUCA